UGUGUUUUAAUGGAACAUGGCGAUACGGACUCGGUCCUUCAGCGUCGUGUGUUUGCUGACGGUGCAGCUGAUCAUCCUGAUCUUCAGCGUGCCGUGGAGCGGAGUGGAGAGCCUGACCUUCCCGCAGCAUUUCACGAUAAUGCACUGGGCUCGGAGGAUAGAGCAGGAGAUCGACCGGGUCCUGCAGCACAUCAGUGGAGCGCAGCAGCUUAAAGGGCUGUACAGCGAGAAGAGGAGACAGUACACCCUCGUCAGGAACAAUCCUAGAGAGAUAGUGGAGAAAGUGGCCUCGGACAUCGAGAAGCUCCUGUCCAAAAAGAAGAAGGCGCUGGAGAGACUCGCCACUGAAGCUGAGAGAGUGCAGACAGCACAUCGAUGGCAGGACGGCAUCAAGGAGUGGGAGAUCGAGUACUACGACUCCAAGGCAGAGAUGGAUUACGACGGGGAGGAGAUGGAGCCUCAGACGUCUCUGAAGUUGGAGUUUGUUUACGAUCCGAAUUUUAAGAACAGUGUGAACUACUCGUACACGGCCGUACAGAUCCCCACCGACAUCUACAAAGGAGCUCCGGUGAUUCUGAACGAGCUGAACUGGACUCAGGCGUUGGAGAGGGUUUUCAUGGAGAACAGUCGAGAAGAUCCCUCUCUGCUCUGGCAGGCGUUCGGUAGCGCCACAGGUGUUACCAGGUAUUACCCAGCUACUCCAUGGAGAGCGCCGGAUAAGAUCGACCUGUAUGACGUGCGGCGGAGACCCUGGUACAUCCAGGGAGCUUCGUCCCCCAAAGACAUGGUCAUCCUCGUGGACGUGAGUGGAAGUGUCAGUGGUUUGACUUUGAAGCUGAUUAAAGCCUCAGUAACAGAAAUGUUGGACACGUUGUCUGAUGAUGAUUACGUCAAUGUGGCACGGUUCAACGAGAAGGCGGAGGCGGUCGUGCCGUGUUUUAAACACUUGGUCCAGGCGAAUGUAAGGAAUAAGAAAAUCUUUAAAGAACACGUGGCACAGAUGCAGGCGAAAGGCACGACGGACUACAAAUCAGGAUUCCACUUCGCCUUUAAUCAGCUGCUCAACAAGACGAACGUCCCCAGAGCGAACUGUAAUAAAAUAAUCAUGCUGUUCACAGACGGCGGUGAGGAUCGGGCUCAGGACAUCUUCGAGCAGUACAACUGGCCCAACAAGACGGUGCGAGUGUUUACGUUCUCAGUGGGGCAGCACAACUACGACGUCACGCCGCUGCAGUGGAUCGCCUGCGCUAACAAAGGUUACUAUUUUGAGAUCCGCUCCAUCUGCGCCAUCAGGAUUAACACCCAGGAGUACUUGGACGUUCUGGGUCGCCCCAUGGUCUUGGCUGGGCGAAGUGCCAAGCAGGUUCAGUGGACCAACGUUUAUCAGGACGCCCUGGGUUUGGGGCUGGUGGUGACGGGGACGAUGCCUGUCUUUAACCUCACUAUGGAUGGAAACUCUCAGAAUCAGCUGAUCCUGGGAGUGAUGGGCGUGGACGUUCACCUAGAUGAACUGAAGAAGCUGGCGCCGCGCUACAACCUUGGAGCCAACGGCUACAUUUUCGCCAUUGACCCAAACGGGUAUCUGCUGCUUCACCCCAACCUGCAGACCAAGGUGGUGGAUCUCCCAGAGCCUGUGACCUUGGACUUUUUAGAUGCUGAAGUGGAAGACAGCAAUAAACAGGAGAUCCGAAGGCAGAUGAUAGACGGACGAGCAGGUGAGAUGACUAUUAAGACGCUGGUCAAGUCAAUGGAUGAGCGCUAUAUAGAUGAGGCAGUUAGGACAUACGCUUGGACCCCCAUUAACGACACUGACUACAGUCUGGGCCUGGUGCUGCCAUCAUACAGCGACUACUACAUCCAGGCUGACCUGAGCGACGUCAUGCUCCAGCUGCAGUAUCUGCAGUCUCUGCUGCCCAGCUCUUUCGAACCAGCCGGACACGUCUUCCUGGCCCCCAGAGAAUACUGCAAGCGGCUGCACGUCGCUGAGAACAACACCCAGUUUAUCGAGAGCUUCCUGUCGCUGAUGGUGGAGAUCACACCGGAGACGGAGGACUGUGACCAGGGCCUGAUUCACAAUGCCAUCUUGGAUUCGGGGAUCCUCUGGCAGCUGGCCACCAAGGCAUGGAAGAACAAGGACCUGAACACGUAUGGGUUCCUGGCGUUGUUCGCGUCCACUGAUGGAGGUGUUACGAGAGUGUAUCCAAAUACAGCGGCCGAAUCCUGGGAUGAAGAUUUAGAGCCUCUAAAUAGCAACUUCUACCGCCGCAGUCUGGACAACAGGGGCUACAUCUUCAGAGCCCCAACUCGCACAUCCUUGGAGGAUUCUUUGAUCACAGAGAACGGCACGGUGGGGAUCCUCGUGACAACUGCUGUGGAGGUUAUGGUGCAGGGGAAAACCCUGAAACCAGCAGUGGUGGGGGUUAAGUUGGAUUUGGAGGCAUGGGUCGACAAGUUUAAGAUCCUGGCCAGCAACGUGUCUGACAGCAGGCAGGGCUCUCACAAGUGUGGUCCUUCCAGAUCCUGUGAGAUGGACUGCGAGGUUAACAGUGAUGAUCUGCUCUGCUACCUGAUCGAUGAUGGCGGCUUUCUGGUGAUGUCUAAUCAGAGAGACCACUGGAAAAAGGUCGGUUUGUUUUUCGGAGACGUGGAUCCCUACCUGAUGCACGCGCUCUAUAAUAACUCUAUCUACACCCGAAAGCAGACGUUCCAGUACCAGUCGACAUGCGAGCCGACGGCCAGCAGCCGCACAGGAGCCGCAUCACGCCACUUCAUCGUGCCCUCCAUUGCUGAUCUUCUCAAUCUGGCUUGGUGGACGUCUGCGGUUGCGUGGUCCGUGCUGCAGCAGCUCUUCUACGGGCUUGUGUACAACACCUGGUUUAACACAGGUGAUUUCGCUUUUGCUGAAGAGGCCAGAGGAAGCAGCAGUUGCGUGACCAUUCAGAGCCAGUUCUUCUUCACCAACACCACCAACUCCUUCAACGUGCUGCAGGAUUGUGGAAACUGCUCCAGGUUAUUCCACGCCAAGAGGAUAGAAAACACCAACCUGCUGUUUGUGGUGGCCGAAACGCUUCCCUGCAGCUCCUGCGAGAUUGAAAAGCUCACACAAGUCAGGAUGGAGUUUCAGGAGGAGAUUCCCUGUGAUGUGCUGAGCUCUGCCCGAUACCGGAAAGGACCCGACAAGUGCUUUGAUUACAACUCCAUGGAGAACACGUCGGAGUGUGGGCGGGCUCACUCCUUGAGCUGUCCAGUGGGGAUCCUCAUCUGGCUCCAGUUAACAUUGCUUUACCUCACUGUUCGAUCUUAAGCCUCUCUGUUCACCCUGCUCCCAUCCACCCAACGUAAAACGUCUACAGUCCCCACAGCUCCAUGACUCUUAUUCUCCUCUUUUUAGUGCUUCUGUCCGCUUCUGCUGUCUUCCCAGAAUUCCAUUGGUCCUUUUACCCUAUUCUGAAGUGCUUUGAUAUUCUCAACACAUCCAGAUGGGUUGAUUGAGAUGCUGUGUCUUGGUAACCUGUCGUCGUGCAUAUCUUCUAUAGACAAUUCUGGGUCUUGUAUUUAAGGAGAGUUUUUUUUAAGACAAAAAGAAUAAUUUUGCUAAACAGGUUGCCGUAAAUGCAAAUAAGGUGUGUGUGCGUCACACUACGUGUGCGUUAAAGCUUGUCAAAUCCAGUGCUAUAUUGACCUGUGUUGACCCGUGUUUACAAUCAUGCUUAUAGUUUAGCUUGGUUUUUCUUUUCCCGUCUCUCCCAUAAACCUCUUGGUCUUUACUAGCGCUGCUCUCAUACCAGGGCUUCGUAGUUGUGGAGUUUUAACAUCAUUCCUUAUUAUGUCUGUAUUCUCUGCCUGGAGGUAAAUUGAGGUUUAAAAAAAAUAGAUAUAUCAGAAAUGUCUGAAAGGCAUAUCGUGUGCACAAAUCUAAAUGACUGCCUGGUUUGCUAUCCAACAGUGCCUUGGUGCACUUAGUCCUCCUAUGGUACAGAACUCGAGCUUGGCCAGUCCUGAGUGAAUGUCCUAAGAGUGAUUGGUUCUAAAUGCUGAGAAAAAUCUUUAAAAACAUGCAUUAAUAAAUACGUCCAGACUGUACAGACUCACCUAGGUCACGAAAACUGGGAUGGAACCCCCUUUCAGCUGUCAUGUUAAUUGAAUAAUGUUAGAUUUAGGAACAUUGAAUAUUUAAUGAUUAUUUAUAUAUUUUGCAUAUUCUAAUAUUCUGAUAUGUGGGUAACUGAUAAGCCUCGAUAUGACAUAUUCAUUUGUAUUAUUUAUUUAUUGUUUGAUUGAUUGAUUCCAGUUUGAUUUCUUUGGGUCGACAUACUGAUUUCAACCACAUACGAUAACAGAAUAACUAUUUUAUGUAAUGUACAGUAACAGCUGAGUAAUGUCGGACAGCAGUUGUUUAAAACUGUUAGAUUGACUUAGCUAGUGUUUUACAGUAUCUUAUACCAAAUAAAUAAAGUAUGCAACUUCUGAUACAAUCAGUUUACAAUUGGCUGAUGAAACUGAUAAACUUCUCCCUUGACCAUUGAUCAGAAUAAUCCCACACCGUUCACUUGAGUCGAUGGAAAAGGCCCUUAAAGUGAUGAUGGGGAAUUCAACAGGGGGAAAUGGAGGCAGCAUUGUUGACGAGGGUGCCUUAAAACCAGUGUUUGAGCGAAGACUACUGAAAGUUUGCUAGGACAUGGAUAAAUAAUAUUUUUUCUAUUCUGGCACUAUUAAUGAUGUCACCUGAAACAGUAAUUACCUUCAACAGCGUCUCUCUCACUUCCUCAUCUAACGGUCAUCUUUAAACUUCACUUGAGCUAAUUUAGUGAGAUGCCUUAAAUAACAACAAGAAGGCAAAGAUGGUGUGUUAGAUAAGAAACAAAAACUACACUUACUGAGCACUUUCUUAGGAACACUAUGGAGUGUAUGCAGUCUCGUGACUGGAUGUCAUGUGACCGGAUGCUGACCACAUGGCAGAUAGAGAUCUCAGGUUAGCUGUGGUCUGUGGUCUGGGUACGAGUUGAGCAUGGAUACUUUGGCCCUCUGCUGGGAACAUUGGUGCAUGCCACAGUUUUCCAGCAUUUUUGGAAAUAGGCAGUAGAGGAUGAUAAAUUGUGGACAGCAGAUGCUCAGCAACGAUAAUCAUAUAGGCUGUGCACCUACAGAACACUCGACACACCAUUACACCACCUCCACCCGCCUGGACUGUCGCCACAAAACAGGUUGGGUCCAUGGAUUCAUACUGUUGGUGCCGAAUUCCGACCCUUCCGUCAUCAGACCAGGCUACAUUUUUCCAGGCUUCAGCUGUCAGUUUUAUGAGCCAGUGGGAAGUGCAGUCUCAGCUUUCUGUUCUUGACUGACAGAAGUGGAACCCCAUGUGGUCUUCUGCUGUUGAAGCUGAAAAUCACAAACACACACACACACACACAUAACAGUCUCAGAACACAUAGUCAUUAGGGGCAGGAACACAACACUUGAAAUCAUAAACACACACACAAAGAUGAUCACCAGUUAUAGAAACCUCCUUUUGUCCCGUUUUGAUGUGUGAGCGUUGCUGGAAGACAUCUGCAUCAGUUUAUGCAUUGCACGGCUGCCACAUGGUUGGCUGAUUAGGUAGUUGGAUCAAUCAGUAGUCGUAUACGUGUUCCUAAUAAAGUCUUUAGUGAGUGUAUAUAUUGUAUAGCUCUGUGCUUUCGAUUAUAAGUCCAUAGGAAAGUGAUCUGCUCAUUUGCAAGUGUUGUAUUCCUGUAAAUAUGAAGCUUAAAACUAUGCUUACCUUAUAGAGUUUUUUUGUUAUUCGGAUGAGAUGAAUGUGUUUUUAUGUUUUGUGCAUGACAUUAAAGUGUCUGUGCGACUGAUGAAUCCAGGGCUAAUACAAAAUGGUUUCCAUUUCAAUAUGCGGUGCACUGUGUGGAUUAAGGCUGAGCGUUAAUAGCCAAUCAACAUCCUGUGUAGUGCAUUAGAUGUCAGAUAGGGAGCCAUUUCAGAGCACAGAACUUCUCCACAGAGCAACAAUUGCAGCUUGGAAACUGCCCAAGACUCUGACGUGAUAAUGUAUGUUUAAAAGAAAAAAAAAAAAGUUUUUGCAUCAUUUUUUAAAAACUUUUUUGAGAUGCAAGAUGGGAUACUGCAUGGAAAAGUAUGUACAGUAUUUACUUGAAGGCUUUUUCAACAUUUAGUCAUGUCAGUGUUUUAUUUAAAAUCUUGGUAAAUGUAUGAUAUUCCCCAGCUUUAAUUCAGGCAGAGGGGGAUAUAAUGAGCAUAUGCUAUUGAUAUUAAUUGAUUAAUUAUUAGAUAUUAAUUGUUAUUAUUUUUCAUGGUGUUAACAUGACAGGCCUACAAGCUUUGAGCUCUAAAGGAUGUUACAAUUAUACAGUUUUCCUUAAAUCCAGACCUUUGAUUACAUUUGAUGGUUGGUGUAGAUUUUCAGUUGAAACUUUUGUGUUUUAAUAUUUACAAUGUUUGAAUUAAUAUUUUAAGAUAAUUUUAAAGUGUAAGAGUAAGUAAGAAUUACCGCAUGAAAUCACUUUGUGUGGCUUUGAUUUUUUUCAUUUUUUGCUUGAUGUUUGUAUUUGAUUAAAAAUGUAAUUUUAAUUAAUAUUUAUUUGCAAAUAAUAGAAGUAUGUAUAUGCCAUUUUUAAUGAAAAAGCUUUUAGAAUGGCAACUGAUUUAUUAAUGUGAAUAGAUGUUUGUCUCACUCUUCAAUUUUUUUGCUGCUGUGAGUGGGAUUUUCAUUUUUUGUUUCUUCAGUCUUCCGUAUUGAUCGUUUUGUACAGAUAGCACAAAAUUGUCUUGAAGCACUAACUUUGUAUCAUAUUAUGUCAUUCACCUCUGAGAAAUUGAAAAAAAGGAAAUGUUUAUAAGAGAAAUGAUGAUAAAGACAUUCAUAUUUUUCACGUCAAACUUUCUGGAGGAUGUUU